CGUUACUUCAUUCGGUUCUUUCUUAUCUCUUCGGUCGGUAGUACAUUUUCUAUUACAAUUCUUUGAAACUACGCAGUGAGAAGUGAAUUGAGCAGUACGUUUUUUGCUCGUGUAAAAUGGAUCCACGAGUCAAAGAUUGGGUAUUAUCUAAUCCAUCGGUAGUCAUUUCUAUUCUCUUUUCAUAUCUCUAUUUCGUCCUCGUUUGUGGUCCGCGAUUUAUGAAAAAUAGACAGCCGUAUUCGUUGAAAACAUUUAUAAGAUGUUACGAUAUUUUUCAAAUGAUUGGUUUACCACGUUGUCAAUAUUUUGCGAACCUAUCGUUUAUAGUACAGAUCCUGCUGAUAUGGAGGUAUCACUUGAAAUUGAUUUCAAAUGUUACGUGGCUGCUGGUGAACGUACUUAACAAAAUUUGUUGACCUAAUAGAAACAAGAAUGUUAUUGUACUCCGAAAGAAAGAUAGUCAAAUUUCAUUUCUGCAUUUGUACUACCAUGUUUCAACCAUAUGAAUUAGUUGGAUUUUUGGAAAACAUUACGUAAUUAAAAUGGCUAGUUUUAUUUUAUAUAUUAUUUUCACAUUAGUGAAUUGUAGAGUUUACGUAUUGAUGUACACCUAUUAUUUUCUUAAUGCAUAUGCCUCAAGUGUCAAAAAGGUUAGUACAUCGGUAUAAAUUCUUACUUGAUAAUUAUUCAAAAGAUGAGUGUCAGAAUUAUAGGUUCUCAUUGGAAUGAAUUUUAAGUAGAAUACCGAGCAUAUUUAUAAUGUUUCCGAUUUUAUAAUCUAAACAAGUAUAAUUCGUAAUAUUGAUUCGUCACUCUACGCAAUCGUUAUCAUCGAACGGUGAUAUUUCCAAAAUUCCUAAUCCUCUGAUGAUUAUUAAUUUUCUUAUUAAUUUUAUAUUAUUUUAGAAUUUCUACGAGAAGAACUAUAUAAUUAAAAAAAAACGACAUAGAAUUAAUAAAGAUAUAUAACAUUUAUAUAUACGAAAUUUUACUUUCGAC